AGAGGGCUUUAAGGAGACUCAGGAAGCCCUCUGCCCUACCCCAUCCUCUCUGAAGAGCUGAAGCAAAGGUCUUAGCUGAACACUUGGUCUCAUCCAUAGCGCAGGGCAGCCUCUCUUUAUCACUGCCUUAUUUCCCCAACCCACUCUGUCUGCUAAAGCUCUCUCCUUGCUGGUUAAGGGUCACUAACUGGCUGCACAGGAUCUUCUUAAAGCUUGUGUAGAAAAGCUUAGACAUCAGUUCGACAUCAUUAGACUUAAACAUCAUUAAUUUCCCGGGAAGUUAAAUAGAGUCUUAAAUACCACUUCUGAGCAGCUCCAUCCCCAAAGGGCAUGGCACAGAAAGAAGUGCUGGACACCUCCCUGGAGGGGAUUCAUCCAACUUACCCCUACAAAGUGGUUCUGCUGGGGAGCACAUCAGUGGGAAAGUCAAGCCUGGCCUACCGAUACGUGAAAAAUGACUUCAAGGAGUCACUGCCAACCGUGGGAUGCUCCUUCUUCACACAGAUGCUCAACAUGGAGGUGGCCACGGUCAAGUUGGAGAUCUGGGACACGGCAGGCCAGGAGAAGUACCACAGUGUGUGCCACCUCUACUACCGGGGUGCCCAUGCCGCUCUCCUUGUUUACGACAUCACCAACAAGGAAUCGCUCAACAGAGCAAAGCUGUGGCUGAGGGACCUGGAGAAGGAAUUCCUUCCUGAUGAAAUUGUCAUUGCUUUGGUAGGCAACAAGGUGGAUCUUGCUGCUGAGCGAGAAGUCACUACCGAGGAAGGGGAAGAGUUUGCAAGGACCAGAGGCCUCCUGUUCAUGGAGACAUCUGCAAAAUCCAGCCACCAAGUAAAUGAUAUCUUUACGGCCGUAGCCCGAGAGCUCCUGCAGCGGGAACAAGAGAAGGCCCGAGCCCCAUCCCCGCAUGCGAGGUCAACAGUCACCCUGGGGGAGAGCAGGGUGCGGACAGGGUGCUGCCGGCUCUGAGGACAGCAGAUCUGGACCUGGAUGAGGUCUCCAAGAGGAGCAGUGACAAGGCAAGGGGGAUGCAGCAGGGCAGGGGCAGUUCAGCCUUGCCACCCUCCCGCUCUGAGCGAGGUCAGAGCCUACCUGACCCCAGCAUGGGGGUUCCUCAACUCCGGCACUGCCUUUGAGCAAGAGAUGAAGCGCAGGGGUUUCUCCCCCACCUUUCUGCUUCCAGAGAGGAGUGGGACCUCCCAGCACAGCUGCCACCAGCCCAGACUGGUGCCUUCCCGCCCCAGCUGCACUUUAUGCCUCCAUCUGCCUUCCUGUCUGAAGAGCGAGAGUUUAACUUCCCAGAGUGGAGCCGGUGCCUGCCAGCAGCUUUGCACCAGGCUGCAAAUAAAGAGAACUGUGCCCUAAA